AUGAGGAGUCGUGUACCAUACGAACUCAAGGCUCUUGCAGAGAAGCAUGAACCCACUCCUUUGAGGUGGGGCCCACAUAUUCCAAAUGUUGAGUUUUUGGAAGAUUACAGAUUGAGGGUGACAAGAUUUCAAAACUAUUCUAUUAGGACUUUAAAUGAGCAAACAGGAGUGAAGGAAAGAGAGAAGCACACCAUUGUUGGUUUGAGAUACAUAGCAGAGAGUUCAAUGGGGAAGGGAGAGUUUCAUGGGGUGGUCUUGAUGCUGCUGUUUUUGUGGGUUUGUGGUGUCACAGCCUCUGUGACUUAUGACCACAAAGCCAUUGUGAUCGAUGGAAAGAGGAGAAUUUUAUUGUCUGGCUCCAUUCACUACCCAAGAAGCACACCUCAAAUGUGGCCAGACCUUAUUCAAAAGGCCAAAGAUGGAGGCCUUGAUGUCAUUCAGACCUAUGUUUUUUGGAAUGGUCAUGAACCUUCUCCUGGAAAAGUAAUGCAAAUACAUUUCCUUAUGGCUCUUAGCAGUUCCAUUCUUUCUCAAACCACAGUUCGAAUUCUUGUUUACUAUUUCGAAGAUAGGUUUGACUUGGUUAAGUUCGUGAAGCUAGUGCAGCAAGCAGGCCUCUAUGUUCAUCUCCGCAUUGGUCCCUACGUAUGUGCUGAAUGGAACUUGGGGGGAUUUCCUGUCUGGCUCAAGUAUGUUCCUGGAAUUGCUUUCAGAACGGACAACGAACCGUUCAAGGCUGCAAUGCAAAAGUUCACAGCGAAAAUUGUUAGCUUGAUGAAAGAAGAGAAGUUGUUUCAAUCUCAGGGUGGUCCAAUAAUCAUGUCACAGAUUGAAAACGAGUAUGGACCAGUGGAAUGGGAAAUUGGUGCCCCUGGAAAAGCAUAUACGAAAUGGGCUGCUCAAAUGGCUGUUGGUCUAGACACUGGUGUUCCAUGGGUUAUGUGCAAGCAAGAAGAUGCUCCUGAUCCUGUUAUUGACACCUGCAAUGGGUUCUACUGUGAAAACUUCAAGCCCAACAAGAACACCAAACCCAAAAUGUGGACCGAGAAUUGGACUGGCUGGUACACUGAUUUUGGUGGUGCAGUCCCUGUUAGACCAGCGGAAGACUUGGCAUUCUCGGUUGCAAGAUUCAUACAAAAUGGUGGUUCGUUCGUUAACUACUAUAUGUACCAUGGAGGAACUAACUUUGGUCGGACAUCUAGUGGUCUCUUCAUUGCCACCAGCUAUGACUAUGACGCACCCCUUGAUGAAUACGGACUUCAAAAUGAACCAAAAUGGGGGCAUUUGAGAGAUUUGCAUAAGGCAAUAAAACAAAGUGAGCCUGCUUUAGUGUCUACAGAUCCUAAAGUGCAAUCGCUUGGAUAUAACCUUGAGGUAAAGUCCCUAAGUUGGUCUGUGAUGAAACCCAACAGAAUUGCCUGUGCGUUGAAAGCACAUGUGUUCUCCACCCCUGGUGCCUGUGCGGCAUUCAUUGCAAAUUAUGACACCAAAUCUUCUGCAAAAGCUACAUUUGGUAGUGGACAAUAUGAUCUACCACCUUGGUCUAUCAGUAUUCUUCCUGACUGCAAAACUGAAGUUUACAACACCGCAAAGGUUGGUGUCAACAGCUGGCUGAAAAAGAUGACUCCGGUAAACGGUGCAUUUGCUUGGGAGUCGUUCAAUGAAGAACCUUCCUCAUCAAGUCAAAUUGAUUCCAUUGCAGCAGAGGCACUUUGGGAACAGGUCAAUGUGACCCGGGAUUCUUCAGAUUAUUUGUGGUAUAUGACAGAUGUCUACAUUAAUGCUAAUGAAGGUUUUUUAAAGAAUGGACAAUCUCCUGUUCUCACUGUAAUGUCAGCAGGGCAUGUGCUACAUGUUUUCAUUAAUGGUCAAUUUUCAGGAACUGUGUAUGGGGGAUUGGGGAAUCCUAAAUUAACAUUUAGUGACAAUGUGAACCUGAGGGUUGGCAACAACAAGCUCUCAUUACUCAGUGUUGCGGUUGGUCUCCCGAAUGUUGGUUUGCACUUUGAAACAUGGAAUGCGGGGGUGUUAGGCCCAGUCACUCUGAAGGGUCUAAAUGAGGGGACACGAGACUUGUCUAAGCAGAAAUGGUCUUACAAGGUUGGACUGAAAGGUGAAGCCUUGAACCUUCACACUGAAAGUGGGAGUAGCUCUGUUGAAUGGACACGAGGAUCAUUAGUGGCUAAAAAACAACCUUUGACAUGGUACAAGGCAACUUUUAGUGCCCCAGCUGGCAAUGAUCCAUUGGCUCUAGAUAUGGGUAGCAUGGGAAAGGGUGAAGUAUGGAUCAAUGGUCGCAGCAUUGGUCGCCAUUGGCCUGGAUAUAUAGCACAUGGUAGUUGUAAUGCUUGCAACUACGCUGGAUUUUAUACUGAUAAAAAGUGCAGGAUUAAUUGCGGAAAACCAUCUCAAAGAUGGUAUCAUGUUCCUCGCUCAUGGCUGAACUCAGGUGGUAACUUCUUGGUUGUGUUUGAAGAAUGGGGAGGUGAUCCUAAUGGAAUUGCUUUGGUGAAAAGAACUUAA